AUGGACUCGGUUAACCUUCCCAAUCUGUGCCGACUGGGACCCCACUGCAGGAGAGAAGGAAGGUGCGCACAGCGGGGAGCGGAGGAGACCGCAGGGACACCUCCCACCCCCGCCCCCAUCCCCAUCCCUGCUCUCUCCGCGGAUUCGGCCCCGGCCCGGAGCGAGGAUGCGCGGCGCCUCGGGCGCCGCUCCGCGUCCCGGCUGCUGGCGGGUGUCCCCACCCCCUGUCCGCGCCGCGCCGAGGAACUGCCAGGGCAUCCCGGGGGCUCCCUCCCCACUUUUCUGGGGCCGCUGGAUAAGCAGCAACAGGCCCGGGGGUCGCCCGGGGAAAAGAGAAGCGACAGCCCCGCAGCCUCCACAGAUCGCGCGCUCGCCCGGCCCGAGACCCUCAAGCUCGCGGGGCCCGGCUUCCUAACGCCCCCUUACCCGAGGCGGGAGCGAGGCGAUCGCGCCGUCCCCCGUCGCCGCGGCCACAGCCCAGCCGCAGCUGCCCGGCUCUGGGGAGUGGGAGGGGUGUCUGGGUGGAGGAUGCUUCUCCCGACUGAAAGGAGAGGAAGAAACGGAAACAGGAACCGCGGCCGCCGCUUAACGGAGCCUUCGGCGCCACUGACUGAGCGAGAGCGCGAGGCGGUGCGAGCCGGGCAGUCCCUGACAGCGCGAGACCAAGACCGAACGCGAGCGGGGUCCAGGGCGCGCGACCCCGAGCAGCGCCGGCCCCAUUACGCGAGGAGAGGGAGGGGACCGGCCGACUGGGGGCCGGGAGGGAGGCAGAGGGCGGGCGCCUGGAGCCGAGGGAACCCGGCUACUCGGGUCGGCCGGAGACAACGCGCGCACGCGCCGGAGCUGCUCCGACAACAAGCCGCGGCCGGCGCAAGCGGGCGUGCGCGCGAGGGGGGCGCGCGCCCCUCAGCGUUCCAGGCUUCUGGGACAGAGCGCGCAUGCGCCAGGCGCGGCCUCCUCCUGGCGUCCCGGGCAUGUGCUGGGUUCUCCCCGCCCCCUUCCUCGCUGCGCCCCGGGGUAUCCUAGCUGCAGCAUCCAGCACCACGCCGAGCCGUGGGCCACAGCGGGACGGUGGGCGGCUGCGCGCACACGGGCGUAGGCCGCCCUCUACCGCCUAAGGCCGGAGGCUGAGGGGGCGCGAGCAAAGCGCGGUUCCCCGAGCCGAGCAGAGCCGUUUCUCUGCUGCGCCUGGAGACGGCCGCCCAAGCCACCGCGGCCCGCGGCCCUGAGACGCGCCCGCGCCGAGCUCGAGGCCGGCGCUUGGCUCCUCUUAGAGGGGUUGCUGCACCUCGCAGCGCUAUCACACAGUGGCGUGGUUCACGUCGCGGAAGGGCGCAGCCCCAUCUGGUCUGCGGGAGCUGUGUCCACGUUCGCUGCAAGAGGAAGACCCCCCACGAGGGCCAGAGUUCGACCCUCUGCCUCUCCCGACCCGCGGCUGCGACAGCCCCUCAGAGGCGGAAGUUUAUUGAGUAGGGGGUAAAAUCCACGGAACGGAGGCAGAAGCUUUGCCCUAGAAUCCUUCCUACCCGCUCGGACUCGGGAAAUUCCAGGAGCACGCGAUGCAGAACUGACAGCGGAAGAGGAGCUACCUCGGGCCAGCCCAGACCUUGAGCUGAGCGGGGCCACCCGACUACGUCGCCCUGGCUUACAAAGUACUCGCGGACGGGGGGUUGGGGGGGGUGCCACCGGGGCCAAUCAGAGCCGCGAGCCACGUGAGUGGAGUGCGAGCCAACCAAUCAGAGGCCUGCAAAAUGAGCUUCCCGUUCCGAACUCUUCCCUGUAGCCUCCGGACCCAGAUCCCAAGACUGGAGCGCUGCGGGGUGAAAAGGUAGAGUGGUGCCCUCAAAACAAGCGCGAUUGCUUGCCCGGUCGUUAUUUUUAAGUAAACACUGUCAGUACUAAUUCCAAGAGGAAAUACUGGCAACCUUUUAGAUACAAAGUACUAAAAGGCUCACAGAAAAGAGAUUUAAGAGGCAGUCCCCUGGCAAGAAUGCAGUCAGCCUAAUGUUCAUAAAUUCAAGAGUAUUUAUUGAAACUCCCUUCUAGGCCAGGAACUGUAUUACAGAGAUACAGACAAGACACUGAUGAGUCAGAAAAGAAAGGAAAACCCUGUCCUGAAGCAGCUCAGGUUCUGAGAGGCUUUGCCAGACCUUAUAUCCUUGGUUUAUUUUCAGCUCUAAAAAAGUACCUCGUGAAAGUAGUUUACAGUCAUUUUUAUGAUUGUUAUCUCCUUGUAAAAAGAGAAAAAUAGAGUGACUUAUCCAGGGUCACAAAAAUACUGGCAAAGCUAGAAUUCUGGCCCAAAGACUUUGGGAGUUUACCCAGGACUUAAUACACUGUAGAGGACAAUAUAUUAAAAUAACGAAUAUCUUUGUCUCUGCAAUACACAGAAACAAAUUCUUCAGCAAGUCUCACCUCUGCUCUCUUGAGACAGUGUGUUCUCAACCUGUGACAGCACAUAUUUAUCAGACCCCUUUCUAGUGCCUUGCCAGGAUUUAGCUGCCAUCCCAGUACUGGAAGAAUGGAAACAUACUAAGGGCCUCAGACAUACUAAGCAAGCGCUCUAUCAUGAGCUAUACCCCAGCCCAAGAGGCAGAGAUGAACUUUAUGAUCAAAUAGACCAACCUCUUCAUUUUAUAAAUGAGGAAAAUGAAACAAAGAAGAGUAUAAAUGA